UGUAGAGGCGGAGCGCGCAGUGACAGAGAGCCGGGCGGGGGUGAGCGGGGGGAGGCGGAGUCACGGCACUUCUGCCAGGGCCGCCAUUUUUGCACAGGGAAAAGAGACAGGAUUGAAGGGAUCCAGUUUCUAACUGUCGGCACAGAUACGGACAAAAUUAUCGGGCUUUAACAGACUCUAACUGUACUUUUGGAUUAGAGCACCACGAAGCGAAAUACAGGUGCGAAAUAGCGCGAUUUGUAAAGCUUUGUUACACAUCCGCGGUGGAGAGCGAAGUAUUGUUUUGGUUGUGUGGUAACUGUUAGAUCAGGCGGCGGGGUCUCACCCGAGUCCCCCGUGUCUCUAUUCACAGUUAUUACAGUGGACAUCAACGGCCUUGUGGAUGCACUUAGAUGUGUGCAAUGAGUGCUGUGGCUGACAUGCCUCAGUGUUUUGGAUUGCUGUGCUCUGGACUCAGUAGGACAAGAGACUCCCAGCACAGAACGUCAUGAGCUUAGUCAUCCCAGUAGGGGUGGACACGGCCAACACCUCGUACCUGGACAUGGCUGCAGGCUCAGAACCAGAAUCUGUGGAGGCGAGCUCUGUGGUAGUUGAGAAGUCCAGCUACCCUCACCAGAUUUACAGCAGCAGCUCCCACCACUCCCACGGCUACAUCGGUCUGCCUUACGCCGACCACAAUUAUGGGGCUCGGCCCCCACCCACCCCGCCGGCGUCCCCGCCUCCCUCGGUGCUGAUCCGGCCGGGCGAGAGUUUGUUUGUGUCCGGGAGUCGGCCAGGCGAGAACUUGUUUGUGCCUGGCGGCCAGGACGAGGCAUCGCGUGGCACCACGCUCAGCACCUCGGAAGACGGCAGCUACGGUGCUGACAUCACACGCUGCAUUUGCGGCUUCACCCAUGACGAUGGCUACAUGAUCUGCUGCGACAAGUGCAGUGUGUGGCAGCACAUAGACUGCAUGGGGAUCGACCGGCAGCACAUUCCCGAGACCUACCUGUGUGAACGCUGUCAGCCACGCAUCCUGGACCGAGAGCACGCCAUCCUACUGCAAACCAGGAAGAGAGAGAACAUGUCUGACGGGGACACCAGUGCUACAGAAAGUGGAGAUGAGGUUCCACUAGAGUUGUACACAGCGUUUCAGCACACCCCUACCAGCAUCACACUCACGACAGCACGUCUCGGUAACAAACAGGCAGAUAAGAAACGAAAGAAGAGUGGAGAAAAGGAGCCCCCGGCUACAACCAGGGCCAAGAAGUCAUUCCGUGAAGGCUCUAGAAAAUCGUCUAGAGUAAAGGGCUCAGCUCCCGAGUGUGAGCCAACAGAUCCUCCCUCUCUUUGGGAGAAUAAGAUGAAGUCGUGGAUGGAGCGCUAUGAGGAAGCCAGCAGUAACCAGUACAGUGAAGAAGUGCAGAUACUGCUAAGAGUAAAAGAAGCCAGAGAUGGCAAAACGCUGGCCUACAAUACACACACCGCAGCCUUCAAACCACCUGUUGAGAGUCACGUACAGAAGAACAAGCGCAUUCUUAAGGCUGUUCGGGAUUUGGCUGCCGAUUCGCUAAUAAUCGAGUACAGGGGGAAAGUCAUGCUACGACAGCAAUUUGAGGCCAAUGGUUACUUCUUUAAGAGGCCGUACCCUUUUGUAUUGUUCUACUCUAAGUUUGACGGGUUGGAACUGUGCGUGGACGCACGGAGUUUCGGCAACGAGGCCCGAUUCAUUCGUCGCUCCUGCACCCCCAACGCUGAGGUGCGCCACGUAAUCGAGGACGGCAUGCUGCAUUUAUACAUUUACUCUCUGAGGUCCAUCUCCAAAGGGAGUGAGAUCACCAUUGGCUUUGAUUAUGACUACGGCAACUGUAAAUAUAAGGUGGACUGUGCGUGUGUGAAAGGCAAUCAGGAAUGCCCUGUGCUCAAGCAUAACAUGGAACCCACAGAGAAUCUGGGCUCUAGCACACGACGGCGCAGCCGCAAGGACAAAGAACCGUCGCAGGACGAGAGCGGACAGAACCAGAACCUCACUAUGGACUGUGACGGGCCCAAGGGGAAAUUGCUCAAUGACGGCAAACAAAGAAAACUCUCUCCACUCCGGCUCUCCAUAUCUAACAAUCAGGAUCCUGAGUUAAUAGAGGAUCUAGAAGAGAAAACCUCUGUUAGCAAUGAAGUAGAGAUGGAGUCAGAGGAGCAGAUUGCAGAAAGGAGGAGGAAGAUGGGCGGCCCGGCAGAGGAGUCCCAUCGUCACGGCGCAGGGGCUUCCUGCUGCAGAGCUCUGAGAAACAAGGAGACACGUGAAGAGAGGAAGAUGGAGGCCAUUCUGCAGGCAUUUGCUCGUAUGGAGAAAAGAGAAAAGCGGAGGGAGCAAGCGUUAGAAAGGAUCGGCACCAAAGGGGAAGUUGGUGGACGCAUCGAGAUUAAGGAAGAGCCUCCUGCUACACCAGAGGCUGAAUCUCCUGUCAUGUUACAGGUACAUAACCUUCAAUGAUGUGCAAACAUCACCAAAUCAUGAGUUCAAAAGAACGGCAUUGAUUUAAAACAGAGGAAAAGCUUCUCGCGGAACCGCACACACAUAGGACAGCAGAGGCGGAGAGCGCGAACGGUCAGCACCUGCUCUGACUUGCCGCCCAGUUCCCCUGGUGACGCUUUAGAGCCCUUAACAACAGAGACUCAUGAUGGAGAGACGCCCUCGGCCCCUGAGGCUGAUGCUCCACCGUCACAUGACCCUGACACCAGCCCACCCCACAGCGGCUCACCUGCCCCGCCUUGCCGCAGUGGACAGAAGUACCCCAAAACUAAAAAGCACUUAGUGAGCGAGUGGAUGGGUGUUGACAAACAGGAACGGGGAGCUUCUCGGACUCCGGAGCCUCCCCCUGAGAGGCCGUUGCGGAUCAGUAGUGAUCCUGAGGUCUUGGCCACACAGCUGAACUCCCUACCGGGCAUGGCCUGCAGUUCACACAUCUACAGCACGCCUAAACACUACGUCCGCUUCUCCUCUCCUUUUCUGGCCAACCGUAGCCCCAGCACUCUGGGAGUGCCCACGGGGCGGCGGCGCUCAAGAGAAAUGCCUGAAACAUCACCUACCACUGGUUCCUGCAAGAAGCGCUGGCUGAAGCAAGCUUUAGAAGAGGAGGGCUCCACCAGCCCAGGUGAAGGACGCCCUUCUCUGCUGAUGCCUAGUGAUAGCCCUCUCAGCCCCUCUAUAAACGGCGAGUCCCACAGCCCUUUACCUCUCAACGGCAGUUGCUCACUACCAGAGUUGCCUACCCCGUUGAAGAAAAGGCGCUUAUGUUCACUCGAUCCCUGUAUGUCAGAGACUUCCACCCCAUACGGGUCUCCUUGUGCCACCCCAACCCGAACAGAGUCAACAGAAGCACCAGGCACACCACUGCUGCUUGCAACGCCUCCUCGACCACGACCAGAGGAACCCAGUACUGAGCCCUCAACACCCUUGCAGAUUCCCAACCACCCUCUGCCACAAGAGAGCGAGUCGUCUAUGGACAGUUCUCCAGAUGUUAGCCGAAGGCCCAGUACACAAGACGUUGAACGACCUCCUUCGCUGUUGGCAUCUCCCAGCGUGAAAAAUGCAGGCUCUGAUACGGCUCCACAGGAUCUGGGUUCUCUGAGUCCUCAGCCCUCCCAUGCUGAGCCCCAGGAUGCCGCGGUAGAUGAAGGCAUGGAGAUUGACGAUGGAGGUUCAGAAGUUGCCUCUGCACCCGAGACACCAGCCUCCUCUUACCCUCCCUGGAUGAAGAGUCCAGACCGAGGUGGCCUCUCGUUUUCCCCAGUGAACUCUAAUCUGAGAGACCUCACCCCUUCUCACACCUUAGAGAUGGGGGCAUACAGGCCAGAUUCAACCUCCGCUGGCCCCUUCAGUGAGGCGGCACCCUUCUAUUCCUGUAAUGAGGAGAGCAGCAGCGUGACCUUUACUCGCUCACUGAGUGGUGAUGGCACAGGGGAGGGAGGAGCUGCAAAGAACCCACAGAAGAAAAAGGUGUCUCUUCUGGAGUACCGGAAACGUCAGCGUGAGGCACGGCGAAGUGGCUCCAAGGGAGAGUGUGGCUCCCCUGUUUCCACGGCACCACCUGUAGAUGUAUUCCCUGUCGCAGUGGAAGUGGUCCCUGAGCCACCUGUUCUCACAGCAACGCAAACCCCCAGGACUCCUCAGCACAGCGAGGAGCCAGACGCCCCACCUCAGGGGGAGAGAGAUGGAGAAGGGCAGUGGACAUCAUCAACGUCAGUAGAGCAGGCCAGGGAACGAAGCUACCACAGGGCCUUGUUGUUGAGUGACCAUCGCAAGGAUGCAGACAGUGGAGAGUCAGAGGGUGGCGACUCCCAGGUGAAGGAAUGUCCUUCUCCCAAGAGCUGCAAGAGCCCCUCGACACAUGCACCUUGUUCUCCAGCACCCCAGACUGUGUCUCGACCAUCCAAAGAGGAAGAUGGUGAAGCACAGCCUUGUGGUCCUUCUCAGCCUCAGGCACUGUCUGUCCAGGAGUCCAGCACCAAGACUUCGAGCUCCAAACCAGCCACUCUGAUGCCCAGCAAGCUUCACUGCGGGCCCUCGCAGAGUCACUACGCUGGACCUUCACUCAUGCACUCGCCCAAAGCGCAACCUCAAGGUUCACCUUACCGCGGGCAGCGAGCCUUCCUGACAGCUCAGCCUCAGAACCAGCCUCAACCCCAGACUACGUCUGGCCCAGCUACUUUCCCUCAGUAUAACCCCCAAAAUGCCCCACCGCCACCACCCCCUCCGCCCCCACAAGGACCACACCCACCCAUUCCACCCCCUCCCCCUGCUCCCUCUAGUACUGCACCGCACCCGUUCCAGAACAUCGGUGGCUUUCAAACCACUCUGCUUCACCAGUCUGCACCAGCCAACCCCUCAGUAACCCCUUCCACUUAUCAACAAACGGUACCCCCCCCCCCCCCACCACCACCUCCCCAACAAAUUCCUCCCUCACAGACCCCACCCAAUCCGAGCGUCUCACAGAUCGCUGGUGGUAACCGAGGACCUACCCCUUCGUCCGCCCCCUUUCACAGUACCGGAUACUUGGGCACAGGAUGGCACUGACCACACCCACUUAAUACCCGCCCCCUAGACAAACUUGCUCAGAGAGGGGCAGAGCUACAUUGUGUAACAUAGGCAACACAGCACCACUGUAAAUAUUUUCUAUGUACCUUUUCACAAAGGCUAAUGGAAACCAGUGGGUGAAAAGGGUACAUUUUAAAAAGAAAAACGAGAAAUACAGAACUGUAUCAGUAGACUUUGUGUAAAAGAUGAUGGUUAAUGAACCCUGGUGCUCAUCACUUACCCAGAAUCCCCCACACCUCUCUCCUUCCCAUAACCUUGUACUGCCAUCCUGUCUUUUCCAGACGUCUUUUUUUACUUUUAAUGUUUUUAUUCAUUUUAAUCGCCCUUUCCGGUCUCUUCCCGUUGAAUCCUUCCUCUAUCCUCCCAGUGCAGUGCAAUGCAAUGGGACAUUCCAGUUUCCUCCUUACCUUUCCCUGUUCUUCCCGUUUCUCACUGUUUUUUCACUCAUUAGUUAUUUGUUUUAUCUAGUGGCUCAUUAUAUAGCAAAAAGGUUUUGUAUAGAGAAAAAAAAAUACAGAAUUAUUUUUUUUUUUAUUCCUCCAUGUAACAAAAAUAUCUGUGCACCGCUGCAGAAAUUCAGAGGAGACCUUUCUGAUAGGCCGCUUCACUGCCCCAGGAGACUGCACUUGUGUGAUUGAGUGAGUCUGUGUGCAUUGAGUGUGUGUUUUUAAGCGGAAGGGAGCGUGUAUGCUUGCGUGCCGCCCGCAUCCGUGUGCAUAUUUGAAGUGCGCAUGAGAGACUGAAAGCAAAUACGGCGCAGACAGAUGUGUGCUGUUCUCUGUGGCAGCUUUAGAAAGAGAGGUCCUUCCUGUAGGGGUAAGCGGUUUAUUUUUGAAUAUCAAUGGUUAUUUGUAGAAAGUGUAAUUUAAUGUAUAGGUGGUUACUCCAGCUUUCUCCAGAAACAGUUGUAAAUAUUGGCUUCUUUUCUUUUCUAUGCUUGUAUAAUUCGCUCCCAUCCCCAUUUUGGAAUAUGGUUGUAAAUACAAGCGCUCUUGACAAAAACGCUGAAUGUUUCUGUGACUGUAGCACUAUUUUUAUUUCUUCCUCUCUUUGUUUUUUUUUUGUUUUUUUUUACUGUUUGUGUGUGAGUGUAUGUGUGUGUGAAGGACAGAGGCUCACAAGACACAGCACUGGUUGGCUAUUUUCAUGGUUCAUUAUAAUAAAUCACUGUAAUGACAGUU